AUGCGACUGAUCAACAUCGUUUCUAGAACUCUACAAGCGCAGGCGCAUGUCUGCUCUGAAACUGAUCAGCCGACUGACAUCGCCACAUGGGACGACAUCAGUGAGGAGGAGUCUGAGUCACCGAAAGGCAUGAUCAGACCUGAGAGCCUUACUGUUACAACGAUACAGGAGAACGAAGGAGAAAUCACUUUGCAUCCGACGAUUGUCGAACGGCACGCCGCAUUGCGAAAAACGCCAGUGAAACGCGGUACGAAAGGAAGGAGCCACGAAAACAACGAAACCGUGACACCAAAGUUGUCUGAAUAA